GUUUUUGUUCUUGGGAGAGUGCAUGUGAUCAGCACAGGGCCAAUUAGCUGUCUGUCCAGACAGUCAGGGGUCCUGCAGCCUCACAAGAUAAUCAGGAGAGAAUGGAAACUUCUACAAGCUUUAACCAGUGCUCUGCUGGACACUGAUAGAAGUCACAAGACUGCUAUAUAUUGCUGAUGAGAAAAGGGAUUUAGCAGUUUAUAUUUACUAAAAUAAUUGCAUUUCCAUGUUCUGUGUACUGCAGAAGACUGGAUAUAGUGAAUGCAGGGUCUGUGGGAGACCAGAUAUAG